AUGGCCGCCUCAUCAUCAUCCAUUCCCGUCAUCAUCAUCUCAUCUCCUUCUUCGGACUCCAGCAGGACGGCGACGGACUCUGACCUUGAUAUCCAAGAUAAAGCCGAGACGUUGAUCAAGGCAAUGCAGUCGAGCGGACUGCGACCACCAUCUCGACCAACUCAUGAUGUGAAUCUCAUCAUCAAGUUCCGCUAUGCGGAUCCAAAACACAAGCAACUAACAAUCCAACCCAUGACCCAACUCCUCGACUUCCACACCCCACCAGAACAAAUCCUCCAAAUCAUCGAUGAGAAAUGUACACAAGCACGUCACAACGGCAAGACUUUUGCCGCCGCGUACAAAGACGCCCAUCCGGAUUCCAUCCUAACGAUGGCGAGUGUGAAGAAUGGAGAUGAGGGGGAUAAAUUCCUCAGUGAUCGCGAGACGUUUCUGCGUUUUGAGAGGGUGGGGGAUAUGCUUUUCCAUCAUCGCAGUAAGACGAUGAAUAUUUCCGUCUUGGUGCAUCGUCGAGCCUCCGUCGAGAGGGAAGAACAAGAAGUCACGACCAGUCAAGCGGGCUACAAAUUCGUCUUCAAUCCUGAAGAUCAAACCACGACAUUUCUCGGCAGAGCCAGGCCCAACAAUACCACCACUACCACCACUACCAUCCCUCCCAUCCCUCCCAUCCCUCCCAAACUCCACAAAAAAUCCCCAUCUCUUCCCACCAAAACCACCACCACACGACCAACAUACAUCCACCACCGCCUAGCAACCCUCCCCGAAUACCUCCCAACAAACAACCCUUACCCCCAACUCCACUGGGGGAUUUUCCAACGCUACAACCCCUCCCGCCCCACCCAUCUCUCAACCGUCAAACUCCUCGAAUACCACUUUCCCCCCUCCUUCUCCUCUUCUCCCCAUCCUCUCGGAAAUCUCUCCCAAGCUACUCCAGUCGCUUUUGGCACCCAAGCGGAAAUCGCCACAAGUCCCCAUCCAAAGAAGAUUUUCUUGUCCACGUCGAAGGAGAGGAAUAAGGAAAUCUGGACGAUGCCACCGGAUGAAUUCCGCGAGGAGAGGUAUCGGGGACUUUCUCAGGGGGAGUUUUAUGAGGUUUUGUUUGAGAAUCUACGACCUGAGAAUCGCGAGAGGGUGUUUCUUGAGAGUGGAAGGGAAGAGAUGUAUCCGGAACCUCGCGUGCCAAAGAUGACGUUUCGGGAAUACAAUUCCAUGAAGACGGAGAAGGAGAUGUUUCGUGGGGAAGUGCAUCUUCUGAUUCGCUUUGUGAAUCAAUUGCGGAGUCGUGGGAGUAUACCUCCACGCUUCCCUAGGAGUUUCCCUUUACCCGCAGAAGUGGUCGUCAGCGUUGGGGGGGAUUUUUCUACUAUGGGAGGCAUGCAGGCGAUUCGAAGGGGAUUGAUGGAAGGGUUGGAGGAGUGGUGUGAGAGGCAGGCUGGGGAGGAUGUUUGGGGUACUUGGUGGUUGUUUGAUCGGGAAGGGGGAUUGUGGGGGAGGUGGCAUUUGGAAUUGUGGAUUAGGCCUUUGUUGGGGGUGGAGGGGCGUGAUGAGGAGGAGGCGUUGUUGUAUAGAAUGGGAGGGGAGGAUUUUGUGGGUAUGUUUGUUGAUGAGGGGGUUGCGAGGGAGGUGGUGGGGAGAGGGGAGAAGGUGCUGCUUUAUAUGGAGGCGCAUUUGGUGCCGUAG